AUGGCCACCGCCGAUCUUGCUGGGCCCACCCCUCCCGUGCACCAGGACCCCGACUUUAAAUCGAUCAGCGAUGACGAGGAGGAGGGGCCGGCGGCCAUGGCCCAGCACCUGCGCACACGCCGCCGCCUGGACAUGCGCACCUCGUCCACGGGUGGUCUCUCUGAGGCCUCCUCUCUCCCCUCCAGCCCCGAUGCCGACGAGCACGGAGAGAAUCAAGAACACGAACAUACCCAGGACGAUGAGUGCUCCACUCAAACGAACCUUGAAGAGACACCAGCCAAUUCUACGCUGGGCAUGGUGGUGCCAUGUCCUGGUGACGUGAGCAUUGGCCCACCAAACGAAGACGAACUGCCCACGUUUCAAGACAUGUGGGUUAUCCCCGGCUUUCAGCGCCUGCUUUGCAAGAGUGUCCACGCACAACCGCGCCGUGCCCAUCGGGAUUCCGACUUUAACGAGAAUGACACGACCUCCCGUGGUUCCCUCAGUGAGGGCAGCGUCCGCAAACCACGCAACACCCUACUGCGCCGCCUCUCCUGGAAGCGCACGAAGAGCAACUACAAUAUGAAGGAAGCCCUCAAGCAGAGCGAAGCCUGUGGUUCAGCCAGCGACAGCGACUCCACCAUCAAGCCCGUCACUAAGAACGACAAGCCUAAGCGUCGCAAAUCGUUCCUGCGCCGUAAAAAGGGCCUUGAUGCCAACACAGCCGUCGAGAGUGCCGCUAAAAAGUUUGAGGAAGAAACCACGACCUCACGCCGCCGCCACCUCUCCGGCUCGGACGAGGCCGAGGUGACAGGCCUCUCUCUCAUCACAUACAUCAACUCGCUCAAAGAGCUCGAAAGCAUGAAAGCUCAGUGUUUCGCCGACGACUGCGAUGAGCAAUUCACCUCCUUGGCCGAGCUGCAAGAGCACAUGCUCACUCUCCACGUCCUGCCACGCAUUCAGCAAGUCCCAGACUACGUGUACCUUUUCCACGAGGACCUUCCAUUCUUCAACCAGCGAGACGUCGUGGCUAGCAUCACCUAUCAUGAGCGCGAUUCGCCCCUGGCCCAAUUUUACCUCAACCAGCCCAUCUUCAAUAUCUCUUGCUUUCGGCCAGUGGAGGACAACACCACCACAGUGAGUCUGUCCGACAUUGACAAUCCUUGCCGUGACAGUCGGACGGAGAAGAUUCGCCGCUUCAUUGGCAGCGGCCUUCAAGUCUCAAUCCGACGCAAGUGCCUCUACGUGACGCGCCUAUCGCGCAAUCCCGUCUUUCUCAAGAACUAUCAAAGCCCGUCAACAGUCUCAGACUCAAUUCUGUUGCGUGAAAACGGGGAGCUUCCCGACGGCGCCGAAGUCUGCCUCUUCGACUACCAAGUGUUCUCCAAAGAGAUUGCUCGCAUGCCUGCCGAGCUGGCCCUCAAGAUGGCGACGGUCUCUCUCGCCUUUGUGCGAACGGGUGAGUUUGACGACAAAAUUCCUUGCUGGAUCCGCAUUCGAAUGGGAGAUGCCUUGCGCAUGUGGGAAACCUUGACCCAUUCAACCCAAGAUCACGCGUAA